AGAAGGAGGAGCCUCAGUCUUUCCCGGCAGUUUGAAUGCCUGGGCGGGAAAAUGGCGGCGGAAGGGCGCAGCUAGCAGGAGCAGGCAAGGGAGGUGCCCGGACGCAGGCAGAUGGCGGCGUUUCUCCACUCGCCCCGCGGAGAGGGUCUGAGGGGCCUAGUGCUGAGUCCCCCUCCCGGUCUGGAAUGCUCCCUCCGCCCAAGCGUCUGCCCUUCGGGGCAACAGCACUACAUGGAUAUUCCUGAUGAGCAAACUGACAAACUGCUGUUAGCAAAUUGGGGUCUUCCAAAAGCGGUCCUGGAGAAAUACCAUGGUUUGGGAGUAGUUCGCAUGUUCCAGUGGCAGGCAGAGUGCCUGAUGGUUGGACAAGUCCUGGAAGGGAAAAAUUUGGUUUACUCAGCUCCCACAAGUGCUGGAAAAACUCUUGUUGCUGAAUUACUCAUACUGAAGAGAGUGUUAGAAGCUCGCAAAAAAGCUUUGUUCAUUCUACCUUUUAUCUCUGUGGCCAAAGAAAAGAAAUGUUACCUGCAGGCUAUGUUCCAAGAAGUAAAUGUGCAAGUGGAGGGUUUUAUCGGCGGUGCUUCCCCUGCUGUCCAUUUCUCUGCCCUGGAUGUUGCUGUCUGUACUAUUGAGAGAGCCAACGGCCUGAUCAACAGACUCAUAGAGGAGAAAACGCUGGACUUGCUGGGAAUAAUAGUUGUGGAUGAGCUGCACAUGGUGGGAGAUCCUCAAAGAGGGUAUCUACUGGAACUCCUGCUGACAAAAGUUUGUUUUUUGACCGAAAGAACGAAGAACAAACAACUAAACAUACAAAUUGUAGGCAUGAGUGCUACCCUUCCUAACCUGGGUUUACUGGCCUCCUGGCUAAAUGCAGAGCUAUACCACACAGACUUCCGUCCAGUGCCUCUUGUAGAACAAGUGAUAAUUGGCAACAAAAUUUAUGACUCCUCACUUAAAGUUGUGAGAGAAAUGCAGCCUAUACUGCAUUUGAAGGGUGAUGAGGACCAUGUGGUGCCUCUGUGUUAUGAGACUGUUCAGAAUGGUCAUUCUGUCCUUGUGUUCUGCCCAUCUAAGAACUGGUGUGAGAAGCUGGCAGACGUAAUCGCCAGGGAAUUCUACAAUCUCCAGCACAAGUACCUUCGAAAGAUAUCCACCCUUUCACCAGUAACCCUGGACACUGAGGGGAUAGAGGAGUUGAUGGGUCAGCUAAAGCGUUCUCCUUCUGGCCUAGACUCUGUGCUUCAGAGGACUAUAAAAUGGGGUGUAGCUUUUCACCAUGCAGGUCUUACAUUUGAUGAACGGGAUAUAAUUGAAGUAGCUUUUCGCCAAGGAGUGCUUCGUGUUCUAGCAGCAACUUCUACACUAUCUUCUGGGGUGAAUCUGCCUGCACGCCGGGUAAUCAUCCGAACUCCUGUGUUUGGUGGCAGAUCAUUGGAUGUCUUGACUUACAAACAGAUGGCUGGAAGAGCUGGAAGGAAGGGAGUAGACACCAUAGGUGAGAGCAUUCUGGUGUGCAAGCCUGCUGAGAAAUCAAAAGCAGUUGCUCUGCUUCAGGGCUGUCUCAAGCCAGUGCGGAGCUGUUUGCUUAACCAUGAGGGAGAAGGUAUUACUUCAAGUAUGAUAAGGGCAAUCCUUGAGAUCAUAGUAAAUGGAGUAGCCAGCUCUCCAGAUGACAUCCAGAAUUAUGCUUCCUGCACACUCCUUGGUUCUAGUCAGAAAGACUUCCAGGAGAAAGGGACAGACCAGGAGAGAAUUUGUCACGGUUCUAUUGAUGCAUGUGUGAAGUGGCUGCUUGAGAAUGAAUUUAUCCUGGUUUCAGUGUCUGAUGAAGGCAAAGAAAUGUAUUGUCCAACACAUCUUGGCUUUGCUACCUUGUUUUCCUCCUUUGCCCCAGUAGCAGCACUAGAAAUUUUUGCUGAUCUCCAGAGAGCGAUGAAGAGCUUCGUCUUAGAGAACGAUCUGCACAGUCUUUAUUUGGUCACUCCUGUUUAUGAAGACUGGGCCAAAAUAGACUGGUAUCGAUUCUUUUGCUUGUGGGAGAAGUUGCCUGUCUCGAUGAGAAAAGUAGCAGAGCUGGUGGGGAUUGAAGAAAGCUUUUUGGCCUGCUCUGUGAAAGGCAAAAUCACUACUCGGUCAGAGAAGCAGCGUAGGCAAAUGGCGAUCCACAAAAGAUUUUUUACAAGCCUGGCUCUCCUGGACUUAAUAAAUGAGGUCCCUUUAAAUGAUGUUGCUAAGAAAUAUGGCUGUAAUCGUGGACAACUUCAAUCUUUACAACAGUCUGCUGCUACUUAUGCAGGGAUGGUUACCAUUUUCUGCAACCGCCUCGCGUGGCACAAUAUGGAACAAUUGCUCUCUCAGUUUCAGAGUCGUCUCACAUUUGGAAUACAGAGAGAGCUCUGUGAUCUUGUCCGGAUUUCUCUGCUAAAUGCACAGUGUGCCAGAGCUCUUUAUAAGGCUGGUUUCGUCACAGUAGCUGAUGUCGCUAAUGGGAAUUUUGCUGAGGUGGAAAAUGCAUUCAGGAACGCAGCACCUUUCAGAAGUCGUAGGGCAGCAGAUGAAGAUGAACAGGCGGUCGAGGAACACCUUAAUACACGCUGCAUGUGGAUGCCUGGACUGAAGGGUUUAACUGAGAGUGAAGCAGCUAAUCUUGUUGUGGACGAGGCUAAAACUCUCUUAAAGCAGGACUUGGCUGCUCUGGGAGUGCAGUGGAACCCCAAUGCCUCUGUCAUAGCAGAUACGUCUUGCACAUUUUGUAUAACUGGGCAUGUGGAAGAGGAAAAGCAUGGACUGAAUGGCAAACAGAUAUUAAGAAACGGUCAUAGCAUAAUUUUAUCAGGCAAAAAUAUCAGUUCUCAACCUGAUAGUACAUCAUGUGUUAAACAAAAAAAUAAGAGGAUGUUGGAUGCUACUUUAACAAAUGUGAGACUUGAAGAAAAGACUUUGGUAGAUGACACUAACAGAGAGGCAAGAAAUGAUGAUGUAUACCCUAGUGCGAGGAAACGGAUGAAUCUGGACAAAGAUGGAGAAAAUAUGACAGAGAUCUCUGUGAAACAAACAUUGGAUGCUAGGGAAGUAAUGAAAAGCACUGAACAAAAGACAAAGCCAGGCUUGAAAGCAACUUCAAAAAAAGUUCAUGGUGCAGCUAGCUUUAAGAAAAAGGCUGGAAUUAAUUUAAAGCAAAGUAGAGAUCAAAGCACAACUGUGCAAUGGAGUAGACGUGGGAGUCAAGAAUCAGUGAUGUAUGGAGGUUUCAAUAAGCCUUUUCUGUCCUCCGCCAACAGUUGUGGGUCAAACCAAAGGCAUCACCAAACGGUAGCUAAAGGAUCAUUAGGCUACCAGGAAGGAAUUGACAAAAUAUCCCUGCAAGCAAAUAAAAUAUCUCAAAACAGCAGAAAAAACAUGCAUAAAUUGCUUACAGAACCUAUACAUGCUAAUGAAUCCAAUUACAUGUUAACAGUGAAUAAUCAAACUGAAACACUUGCUUUGAAUACAGUAGUGGGAUAUGCAUCUCUUGUUAAAGAUAACAUGGAAAUGCAAGAUGUUAUGGAAGAUCUAGUGAAACCUGAUAAGAUAUUGAAGCUGAAAAGUAAUUGGAGCAAAUUGCAGCUGAGUAAAAACAGUGCUAGAAACGUAGUUACUGAAAUCAAAACAGGCAAUGAUGUUUAUAAUGAGGUAGCAAGUGGCUCUGUCACUACAGAUGAGAAGAAACAAACAGCCAUCAAAACAGACAGUUCUCAAAAAGCAGACAGAAAUAACUCUGGAAAAUCCAAUCCUACCCUAGAAAAUCCAACUACAAAUAUGGGUGAAGUGUUCAAUCACCCUGAUAAUGUUCUGAAGUAUUCUGAAAGCAUUAAAAGCUGUUACUCCCCUGAUCUAUAUUUUGUCUUCAAAGAAUUUGAGGAAAGCUUUCAGUUGGAUACGCAAACGGAUAGGAUAUUGCAACAACAGAUGGCAACUACAUUUGCUGAUGAGCAAAGAGUCAAAGAGAGAGAACUAGGAGCAAAUCCACCACUGAAAACAAAGUGUGCUAGUACUUUAGAAUCUGAUGCUGCACAUGUGAAGGACAAGUUAGUGUGCAGAAAAGCGGAAACUUUACACAUAAAGAAAAAUGAUGUAGCAGGAAACACAGAUUUAUUGCAUUGUAAUGUGAAAGGUUCUCACAUAAAGGCUAUUGAUAAAUGCCCAGAAAUACCAGUUUGCCUUGAAAGAAACAGUUUUUCUGUCAUGGACUCCCAGUUAGACAGCUUCUUACGAGACUAUCAGACUCCAAAUCUGGCAAAAGAGCAGGUACCUAUUCUAAAAAAGGCAUCCUUUCUCCCCAAUCAGUACCCACCCACUGUAGAUGUAAAUGCAGAACGCUGUCCCUUGCCUGAAAUAAAUCUGAAUAGUAGUGAUAGUUUGUUGUUUGAUGAAGAUUUUAGCCACAUUACUGAACCUGAGAAUAUUCACAUUGCUGAAGCUGUUGUCUUGGGGCCACUUCCACGGCAGCAAAUUAUUAUUUGUCCUUCUAAAUCCACUUUAAAUGUAGACGUCUCAGGUAAAGAGAAUGUGGGGCCAGAUAAAGGUGUAUUAGAUAUUACUAAGAACCAGAAGAGACUGGCAGGGUAUGAGGAGGAUGAUUCCCUAAUAUUCUCAAGCUCUGAUUCUUUCCACAUCACAGAAAGGUUAGAUAGUGAGACUGUGCCUCCUUUUCAUAGAAACACCCUCAACAAACUGAAAAAUCUGAAAGAGGGACCUGAUGAUGUCAGACCUGAGAAUACUGGAAAAGAUGCAGGUGAAAAGCCACAGACAGAUUGUGCAGAAAAAAAUGGUAACCAAAUGGACAAGUGUGAAUUUUUAUUUGAUUUAAGUCCAGGAAUGUACGAGGCCUUAGAAAAAUGGCUGAGCCCCUCUGGUAAUAAACCCGAGAUAGAUUCAAGAAACAAUUUGAGAACAGCGUCAUCCAAGAAAAAUCAAGAUUCAGGCACGACCUCUGCCCUCUCCCAUGGUCAAUAUGAGCUAUCCUCUUGCAAAGAUUUUAAGAGCAACUGCAUAAUUAGAGGGAUGGAUGAUCAGAAUAAGACUUGUGCAUCUUUGCUAAUGAACAGAAAAGGAAGUUAUGUUUCUUGGACAGAUGGGAAGAAGGGACCUCCUUCUCCAGUGGACAUCAUGGAGCCUCCUUCACAGCGUUUGGAACUAUCCUUUGUGACACAAACCCAAGCCAGAAAUGCGAAUCCCACAGACAAGGUUCCAUGUCUUCAGCUCAUACAGAAUAAUGAAUUUUAUUCGCACCUGCAAGCAGACGUUUUACAGCAUGAACCAGAAAAUGGCAAACAGGUUGAGCUUCCUCUUGAGGAAAACUCUAUUAUCACGGAAGGUUUUUCACUGCAGUUAUCACAAGAUAAUAUUCCGCCACUAUCUUGCAGUGCUGAAAAUUUUGCAAUCAUUGAUGUAGCAAAUGAUAAAGCUCUUUUUGAAACCUUUAUUAAAGAAUGGAAAACAAAAAAGAGAUUUGCUAUCUCAGUGGCUUGUGAAAGAACAAAAGGCCCCCUGCCCCACAGUUCAGCUAUUGGUGCCAAGUUCAGACAAGGAAGUUUAUGCCAGAAAAUUCAGUACAAAGAUGAUGGAUUUCCUAUUAGAGACGGCGAAGACAUGCUGGUAGUUGGAUUAGCUGUGUGUUGGGGCGGAAAGGAUGCUUAUUACAUUUCAUUACAACAGAAACCCCAAGAGCAGAUUGAAAUCAGUGCCAGUUUGGCACCACCUCCAUUGGAUCAGAACUUGACUGCAGCAGAGAGGUUGCAGCAUCUUCAGUUACAGCUGCAGGACUCCAAGAGAGCAUUUUCGCUUGCUGUGUAUGACUUCAUUCAGCACUACAAGAUCCUCCUAAAGGCCUGUGGCAUCUCUUUGGCAGGAUGUUUUGAGGACCCAAAGGUGGCAUGCUGGUUGCUGGAUCCUGAGUCUAAAGAGCGCUCCCUUCACAACAUGGUCACCAAUUUUCUUCCUCAGGAAUUGUUUUUGUUGGACAAAGUUGGAGCAGGCCAAGGAUGUCAGAGCUUGGGGCUCACUGCCAUGGCAGAUCAUUCUGGGCGGUACAGAGCAGCUGUAGAGUCUGUUCUUGUCUUCCAUAUCAUGGACCAUCUCAGUACUCUGUUGCGCAAAGAUAACUUGCAAAAUAUUUUUCAUAAAGUGGAGAUGCCAAAUCAAUAUUGCUUGGUCUUGCUGGAGCUCAACGGUAUAGGUUUCAGCACAGUGGAGUGUGAGACUCAGAAGCAUGUUAUGGAAGCAAAACUUAAUGAGAUUGAGAAUCAGAUAUAUCAGCUGGCAGGUCACAGUUUCUCCUUGACCUGUCCUGAUGACAUUGCUGAGGUGCUGUUUUUGGAGCAGAAGUUGCCAUUAAAUGGAGAAGCAAAAGGGCAAAAGGGCAAGAAAACAUUAGGUUAUACUGCAAGGACAACAGGAAAUGGAAACAGGGUCAGAUUAGGCAAACAAUUCAGUACAACCAAGGAAGGUCUAGAAAAAUUAAAGGCAUUGCACCCAUUACCAGGCCUUAUUUUAGAAUGGAGGAAGAUCACCAAUGCAAUGACCAAAGUGAUAUUUCCACUGCAGAGGGAGAAGCGUUUAAACCCUGUACUGGGAAUGGAGAGGAUUCAUCCUGUUUCUCAGACUCACAGUGCUACAGGUCGUAUAAGUUUCAGGGAGCCAAAUGUACAGAAUGUGCCUAAAGACUUUCAGAUUGAAAUGCCAGCCAUAGUUGAAGAGAGCCCACCUUCCCAAAAGGAACACAAUGAGUUCAAUUUUCUCAGAAGCAGAGGUAGAAAACAUUAUCUGCUUCCUCGGGAAUCUAGAAGUCUAACUGAAAGUGAGGGAAAAGUAUCAUUUUCUGUUAGUAUGAGGCAUGCCUUCGUACCAUUUCCAGGAGGCUUGAUCUUAGCAGCUGAUUAUUCCCAGCUUGAGUUGAGAAUCCUUGCUCAUUUGUGUAGUGAUGAGCGGCUUCUCCAGAUCUUAAAUGAUGGUUCUGAUGUGUUCAAAAGUAUUGCUGCUGAGUGGAAGAGGAUUGACUCUGAAGCAGUUGGGGAUGAUUUAAGGCAACAAGCCAAGCAGAUUUGCUAUGGAAUAAUCUAUGGAAUAGGAGCUAAAUCUUUAGGAGAACAGAUGGGUAUUGAGGAAAUGGAUGCUUCCCGCUACAUUGAAUCCUUCAAAUCAAGAUACUCAGGUAUUCAGAAAUUUCUGAGAGAAACGGUAAAGAAGUGCAGCAGGGCUGGGUUUGUCCAGACAAUCCUGGGGCGGCGUAGAUACCUGCCAGCAAUUAAAGAUUCAAACCCUUAUAAGAAGGCUCAGGCAGAGAGGAAGGCUGUGAACACUGUUGUCCAGGGCUCUGCAGCGGAUAUUGUCAAAACAGCCACGGUGAAUAUUCAGGCUCAGCUGGAAGCUCUGUCUUCAGCAGUAAAAUCCUACGGACACUUGGAGAGCUCAUUCCAAAAGGAAUGGACAGGAAAACCAGAGAGGGUCGAAAAAAGGCAGAUGGUAUAUCCCAGACGUGGAGGAUUCUUCAUACUCCAACUGCACGAUGAACUUCUCUAUGAGGUUGCGGAGGACAGCCUGAUUCAGGUGGCACAGAUUGUUAAACAUGAAAUGGAAAAUGCCAUAAAACUCUCAGUGAAGCUCACAGUAAAGGUCAAAGUUGGGCCUAGCUGGGGAGACCUGCAAGAGCUGGAGCUGUGAAUAUGAAAUAGAUGUUUGUACUGUAUAAUGGCCUACUGAGACCUGCAGCAAGAUCCAACAGCUCGGACAGCUGGACACAUUUCUUUUUUUUAAAUGGCAAUACUGCAGUUGAUUUCUCAUAUGAAUCUUAAACUCUAAAUCACCCUUCCCCAACCUGGUGCUCUCCCAAUGAUUUGGACUACACUGCUGUGCUGUGCUGAAGCUGACAGAAGUUAUAGGCCAAAACAUAUGAAGGGUGCCAGGUUGGGGAAGGCUGUUCUAAAUGAACUAACCUCAGUGAACAUUUAAGAGGCCACACUGCAUAACUAGAAAUCACAAUGAAAUGCUUAAAGUAUUUAAAUUAAUUCCUGUGAAAAAAAAUAAUUAUUUUAAGGCCUAGCAAUUCACUAUUUCUUAACUAACUUGUCAGAAACAUUUCCAGCUUUUUAAACCGGCUUUUUCAGAUGCAUUACAGCUUGGGGAAAUUUCUGUUUUAGAAAUUUAUGCUUAUUAUGUCAAUUGACAGUGUCAAUUCACAAUGCACACAACUGAAGGUAUGAUGCAAAGCAGCUAUAUCUCAGAUUUCUGUGAUACAGAGCUUGGAAAAGUUACUUUUUUGAACUACAACUCCCAUCAGCCCAGUCCAGUGGCCAUGAUGGCUAGGGCUGAUGGGAGUUGUAGUUCAAAAAAGUAACUUUUCCAAGCUCUGCCACUUGCAUCUUAAAAAGAAUGAAAUUAUCCGGGGAAUCAGGCAUAUGUCCAUGUGACCCCCAUCACGGAUUACACCAUAUGCACAGUAGGAGGGUGCAAUACAUCAUUGCCAAAGCAUACAAGAUUUCCAGGCAGUAAAUGUAAAAAUAGCCCAUUGCUAGCUCCGUGGGGGUCCCUUGAUCUAAAAUAAUAUGAUGAUCUUGUUGUAUUUGUUUCUUUGGGCUGAAAGUCUGCUAUCUCUAUUUCUGUAAUAUUUACUUCCUAUACUUACUGUAAGAAAAUGUAUUUUCUCUUCUGUCUUUUCAUAUCAGACAGCAGGUAGCAUUGUGAUUCUGCUUCUGUUGAGGGGUUUCUGCUAGCUUUUUAACCAAUGCAUUGUUUGCUUUCUAAACUAUGCUAAGAUACUUUAUUCAUCAUAAUGUAAAUAAUAAAGAUAUUUAUUAUCACUUUCUUUCUCUGAGCCUUACUUGAAAAAAAAAAUAGCACUGUGCCUUGGCAGGGAAAACAGGCAGGGCCUCUUGGUAUAUUGUUUUAGAUGCCUGCCUGGUUUUUUUUAUUUCAGCAAGUGUACCCAGACAUAUAACUUCGUUACCCAUUUCUUUUAAAAUGUUUUACUGAUUUUUAAUCUUUGUUUUA